UCGAGUAAUAAACACGUUUGCUGCCUCGGUGUGGAGAGGCAAAUGGGGAAGAAGCGAGACCGCCGAGUCACACCGAGUUCGAAUUCGAAUAAAGGAGGAGAGCAGCGAGUCGAACUCGGCGACUCGGCCUCGUCGAAUCGCAGGCUCGCCAUUAUCUUCGUCCUCUUCUUUGUCGUAUCUCCCGCCAUUUCCGUACUCGUAUACCGUAUAAAAUACGCCACGACUACGAAACCUCCGGACUCCUACGUAUUCCAACGAGGCCUCGUCAAAGCCGACGUCGAUUUCCAAGAAAUCCUCGCUGAGAAUUCAAAGGUUUCGGAGAACACGUCACACCGACAUUAUACGUAUCCUGUACUGGCUUACAUUACUCCAUGGAACUCUAAGGGCUAUGAAAUAGCAAAAAGGUUUAAUUCCAAGUUUACACAUUUAUCACCUGUCUGGUAUGAUUUGAAGAGCCAAGGGACGGGAUUAAUACUUGAGGGGAGACAUAAUGCUGAUGUUGGAUGGAUCUCAGAGCUUAGAAGGUCAGGAGAUGCUUGGGUUUUACCCAGAGUUGUUCUGGAAGCAUUUCCUGUAGAAUUGCUUAUGAGGAAGAAGCAAAGGGAUAAAGCUAUUAAACUUAUUGUAACAGAGUGCAAGGAUAUGGGAUAUGAUGGUAUUGUGCUAGAAGCUUGGUCAAGGUGGGCAGCUUAUGGUAUCUUGCAUGAUCCAGAAAUGCGUAAUUUGGCACUACAGUUCAUAAAACAGCUUGGACAUGCACUACAUUCUUUGAGCUCAGCAAGGAAUGAUAAGCAACAGUUGCAGUUGGUCUUUGUUAUAGGUCCACCACAUUCAGACAAGCUCCAAAAGCAUGAUUUUGGCCCAGAAGAUCUUCAGAGCUUGAGCAAUGCUGUAGAUGGAUUCUCACUAAUGACCUAUGACUUUUCAAGUCCUCAAAAUCCAGGUCCUAAUGCACCUCUGAAGUGGAUUCGUUCCACACUACAGCUAAUCCUUCGUCCCACUGGCAAUAGCGCUCAGGGCCCUGCCCACAAGAUAUUUCUUGGCAUCAAUUUCUAUGGAAAUGAUUUUGUCCUAGCAGGAGGGUUGGGUGGUGGAGCUAUUACUGGCAGGGAUUACCUCUCAUUGUUGGAGAAGCACAGGCCUUCAUUGCAGUGGGAAAAGAACAGUGGGGAGCAUUUGUUCUUUUAUUCCAAUGAUGACAAUAUCAAGCAUGCAGUUUUCUAUCCAUCAUUAUUGUCGAUUUCUAUGCGACUCGAGGAAGCUCGUUCAUGGGGAUGUGGCAUAUCAAUUUGGGAAAUUGGACAAGGUCUGGAUUACUUUUUUGAUCUUCUGUAAAUAGUGCACUUUUGCUCUUUACAUUGUAGACAACACUGGUAAUUUGCUUUCUUCUUGCAAAAACGUCAUUUGUGUCUACAAUCUACAUUUACAAAUUUCAACUGUAAGAUAUUUUUUGUCACUACCCAAUUAAUUCAAAGAGUUCUGAUA